UUCCGAUUUUGGAAAAAUGUAGGUGGUCCCGAGGAUUUAUUUAUAAGCUUAAGAGACUAACAAAGGAUGCUAAUAAUUAAGAAACGAAAAUGGGGAGUUACGUUCCAUUUGGAACGUCAUCGAUUUUGCUUCCAUUGUCCUUCACCAUCUUAGCGCUAUGCUUCAUCAUUUUCCUGUUGAACCGAUCUCCACUAAGAAGCAAGAAAACUGUACCACCUUCUCCACCCAGGCUUCCAAUUAUCGGAAACCUCCACCAAAUUGGUUCGCACCCUCAUCGCUCUCUUCGAUCCUUAGCUCAGAUCCAUGGCGAUGUCAUGUUGCUUCACUUCGGUAGAAUUCCAGUUCUUGUUAUCUCAUCAGCUGAAAUGGCAUGCGAGAUUAUGAAAACCCAAGAUCUUGUGUUUGCAAAUAGGCGUAAAACAAGAAUGAAAGAGAAACUUCUCUAUGACCAUAAGGAUGUGGCUGCAGCUCCUUAUGGUGAGUACUGGAGACAGAUAAAAAGCUUAUGUGUUGUACAUCUACUGAGUACUAAAAGGGUGCAAUCUUUUAGGGCGGUGAGGGAAGAAGAGACGGCUUAUAUGAUUGAGAGGAUUAAAAAGACUUGUUCUUCUUCACCCAUCAAUUUAAGUGAGGUCUUUGCGAGGCUUGCCAAUGAUGUAGUUUGCAGAUCAGCCCUUGGGAGGAAAUAUAAUGCAUCAGAAGGAGGGACAAAGUUCAAGGAUUUAUUGGGGGAGUUUGGAGAGCUGUUGGGUAGUUUCGAUGUUGGGGAUUAUAUAUCAUGGCUUGGUUGGAUAAAUCAUGUAAGUGGACUUUACGCAAGAGCCGACAGAGUUGCUAAAGAGUUGGAUAAUUUCCUAGAUGAAGUAGUUGAACAACAUAGAGGUGGUAGUGGUGACGGCAGAGACGAGAACACUAGCAAGGACUUCGUGGACUUUUUGCUUUGGAUUCAGAAAGAAAACAUAGCUGGUUUUCAAAUUGAUGCGACUAGCAUCAAGGCUCUCAUCUUGGAUGUAUUUGCAGCAGGUUCAGAUACUACAUACACAGUCCUGGAAUGGGCAAUGACAGAGCUCCUAAGGCACCCAGAAGUGAUGAAAAAACUCCAAAAUGAAAUUAGAGAAAUCUCCAGCAACGAAUCAUCAGCAAUAACAGAGGACCAUCUGAAUGAACUUCCAUACUUAAAAGCAGUGAUCAAGGAAACUCUCCGCUUGCAUCCUCCAAUCCCAUUGCUAGUCCCCCGAUUAUCAACCCAAGAUGUCAAACUAAAAGGAUUUGACAUUGCAGCAGGAACCGAAGUGAUCAUCAAUGCUUGGGGAAUAGGGAGAGAUCCUGCCUUGUGGGAUCGAUCUGAGGAGUUCUGGCCAGAGAGGUUCUUGAACACUAAUAUAGAUUACAAAGGACAUCACUUCGAACUGAUACCAUUUGGGGCUGGCAGGAGGAUUUGUCCAGGCAUUGCAUUUGCGAUGAGCGCAGAUGAGCUUGCAUUGGCAAAUGUAUUGCACAAGUUUGAUUGGGGAUUAACAGGAGAGGAGUUGGACAUCACCGAAAGCACAGGUCUUACCAUACAUAGAAAAUUCCCUCUUCUUGCUGUGGCAACUCCAUAUUCCCAGUAAUACUAGCUCCAUGCAUUUGUAAUCCCUGCUUUAUUUUUAUUAUUAGUAGUAGUAGUAUAAUGGAAUGAGGUGAGGAUUACCCUUCCCACCUUCUCUCUAUUUUUUCUCAUGUCACCUUUCCUUUAUGUAACUAAUUAAUUAAAACAGGAAUCCUUCUCCCUGGAUUAAGAUUAAAAAUUAAUUAUAAAAUUCAUUCCGUCUCC